AUGGCCCAGCUACCGUGCUCCAUCCCACCAACGCCCCUGCCGGUGCAUGUAUCGCUGUACGCAGACGACGUAUGUCUCUGGGUAUCGGGCAUUUACACCACGCAGAUCCAUCGGAGCAUACAGGACGCCAUCCACGCUGUGGACAAAUUUCUGACCAAUUCAGGGCUGAACCUCUCCAGAGAUAAGACAGCCUGGAUGUCCAUACGGGGGAACGGACGCCACUUUCGCCCACCAGACAUCAAGUUGGCAGGAGAAAGAAUCACACGCGUAACAAGGCAGCGGUUCUUAGGAAUCAUCCUCACAGACAGACUGCGAUGGGCACAAGCCGCGGAGGCGACCAUCACAACCUGCAGGCCGGCCACGAAUGCUGUCCGCCGCAUGACUGGGGCCACAUGGGGCUGUACAGAACGAACCAUCCUGGCCGCCCAGACAGCGCUCGUCACGUCAAGGAUACUGUACAGGCUGCCCUACAUGUCCCCAUCCACGACGGACCUGGAGAGGUUGGAACAACUGCACCGCCAGGGCCUUCGCACGGCGUUGGGGAUCCCGAAGGCUGCCAAGAACACCCUGGUCCUCCAAGAAGCGGGGUUAGAGUCGCUCGAGAGGCAGUCUUGGGAACGAAGCCUCUUCCAACUGGCACGACUGUCGACAACCCACCCAGGUAGAUGGUUCCUGCGUAGAAUUCAGGGCCGGACGACAGCGUCAUGGAGCAAGGUGGUGGAAGUUUUCUUUCGAGUCGCGGACCCCCUAACGAUGCCACAGAGCGAGUCAAGGGCACCACCAUGGGAAGUGCCGAAGAUAACUAGUGAGGUGCGGAUUAAGUACCUGCGCUCCAAACAAGACAGGCCACCCCUUGUCAUCAAGGAAAUAGUGGAGGCCCACCUCGAAGAACGUCACAGCGGAAAGCUGCAGAUAUACACUGACGGGUCGGUAAACCACUCACGAACCUCCAGCACGGCGGCUUAUCACAUACCGAAACUAAGUCUGGAGUGGAGUGGCAGACUCCACAAACCCACGUCGUCAACAACGGCCGAGCUGGUGGCCAUGGAAAAAGCUCUCCUAGAGGCCGCCAAGUUACCGCACCUACCGAUGGUCCUUCUCACGGACUCCCGGUGCGCCAUCCAGAAGAUAGCAAAUGCCGAGACCGGAGACCCUGCAACGGCCGCUGCAAGGAAGGCCCUGGCUAUCUUGGAAGCGCAUGGCUCUUCAGUCUGUUUCCAAUGGAUCCCAGGGCACGUCGGCAUCCAGGGAAAUGAACGCGCGGAUGACCUCGCCGCGGAAGCACAUCAGUUUCCCCCCCAGGUCCCCACACCUGCACACCCGCAACAGGCAGCUCUCGAUGUCCGCUGGCAUCUCCUGCGGGAGAAGCCGGAGAAAUCUUUACCCAAAGGCACCUUGACCGGUUUCUCCCGGGCAGCGGAGACACUGGUGCGACGACUACGGACAAAUACGGCAUACACAAACGAAUUCCUUGCUAAAAUGGGAAAACGGCAGAGCUCAAGCUGUCUUCAAUGCAGGGCAGAAGAGACGAUCCACCACAUCCUCUGCGUCUGCCCGGCAUACGAGACCCAACGGGAAGCGCUGCGUCAACGGGUUAAGGAGGGCACCCAGAUGACAACAGACAGCUUGCUCUUUCCCGACGGGCCCAGACGAAAGUGCCGGAGGAUUUUCAAGGCAUUGUUGGCGUUCCUACGACACACAGAACUGACUGAGCGCCUGUAG